AUGCUCGACACGAUUGCUGAGGGCGGUCAACCGAGCACCAACAGGAAAGUGCCGGCUCAAAAUUAUGGACCACCUACAAUCAAGUCCAAUCUGCGCAGCGCAGGCGUUCCUCGCAGCGGUACAAUGAGGGCUAGCGGGAGCCCAAGAACGCCCAGCGAAAAGGAACGCUUGCGCCCGGGAAAGACGGCGAUGGGCUACAGCGCAGCCCAUCCUGAUCUCAUCCGGCCUCCCUCGGGCUCGCAUCGCCACCGUGCUCGCCAUCAUGCGAAGCGCGUCCCAUUCGAUGGACAGUGCCGCUUUUGCAAACAGUCGCAGCUCAAAGGUUGGUUCUGUCAGGACUGUCUAUCCAAGCGCAUCGAUGAUCAUCUUGAAGAUCGCAGAAGGAUUGGAGAGAAGAGGGUCAAAGGUGCAGGGAAAGUUAAGGCGCUGCUCGGACCAACGAGCAGCGUGGCUGAUCUGAUGAACGAUAUCAAUAAGGGCGGCAGAGCAGCCAAUGACUUUUCGCAUCUAAAUCCCUUCUCUGAUGGUGACUCAAGCACACCAAGAGACGGCUUGGAUACUGUAACCACCGUCGGCCACAUCUACAGGAGCGCGCGUGCCUGGCAGUCGAUGCUACAGGAUAGCCUGCAACGGCUUAAGCAUGAUUCGAACCAGUCAAGUAGUGAUGUCUCGGCUCUCAAGCAAGCACUCAAGCGCCGCAAGAGAGAGCUUGCACACCGCAGACAGAAUCUCGCUGCUGCGCAGCAGCUCGAGCUCCAGCAACAAGAGCACAAUGAUGUAUUGACCAAGAGCCCGGGCGCUUGGCCAGUCCAGCUUGGCUCGAAUGAAAUGGAUAACCGGGAGUAUCCAGGCAUAUUAGCAAGAGUUGCGCGAGUAAAGCACAAGAUUGAGGAGCUGCGCGCAAUUCAGGACCGUCUCGCAUCGGACCUAUCAGUCACGCGAAAGCUCCUCGUCGUCGAGACUCUUGGUCUCUUCAACAUCCAGCCUCCUGCUGGGACGCUUGCCAAGGAAGGUAGGGUUUCUGGCCUGAUCGCUCUGAGGGCUCAGCAGGCGUUUGCUACCGCAGCAGCACACACUUUGCGGGGAAAGGAGACGUCAAGAACUACAAUCAGCCCAACAGCGAGCGAUUGGACUAUCCUUGGCGUCGUCUUGCCGCAGCCGCACUCCAUACAUCGUUUCGCCCUGGACGAUAUCAAUGGGGCCGUGUCACACGCAACAGCGCUGCUUCAACUACUCAGCUCCUACCUCGGCGUAAUGCUUCCGUUCCAACCCUCUUACAGCAGCAGGGACGUUUGCGCUGUCAUUCAGCCAAGCGAGUACUGGGCCGGCUCAGGCAUUGAAGCUGGUAAGCAUCUUCUUCAGCUUGAAGAGAGCGCAUACCAAGCACUGCUUCCCAAGCAGGAUACUCCUACGGCUAACGUGGGUCACAGUGCGUUAGACAUGGCUGCGUCUGCUUUUGAAGGGGCGAAGAGCUUCAUUCAUAUCAGCAGCGGCUACUUUCCCGGUAGCGCUUCCAUUAUUUCAUCCAAGUCUCCUGAUGCGCAGACUGGUUGCAGAGGGGCUGACAGCGACGAGGAAGACACAGCAGUUGCAAAGGAUCAGCUGCAGACGUCUGAUGUUAGCCGAGAGAAGCGCAAGUCUCGAAAAGUGGACCUUGCCAGAGCGGUCAAGAGCUUUCGUUCUGCGUUGGUAAUGUUGGCGUACGAUGCCGCAUAUUUGGCCGAGACGCAAGGCGCUCUCCUAUCUCUUGAUAUAUAUGAUGGAGUGUCAAGCAAUGCCAUCGUGCCCUCUGCGGUGGCGGUACCGCUGCGCAUCCUUCGCCACCUUAGCAGCAGCAAAAUGCUUGGUCACAGGUCCCAUGAAGCCACUGAUGCGGCAUCCAAUAUCCGCACCUUUGACUUUGCGCGGUUGGAUUUCAUGUCGCUCUACUCAUUCUUGGUGCCCUCAGAGAGCAGGGAAAGCAAGGCGAAAAAGGAGGAGAUCUUGAUGGAGGGUAGCUACGUGGACGCCAAGUGGGAUGCGGCUUCUGUCAUUCUUCGGGACAAGAACAAGGACAAGAGCAAAGGCAAGAGCAAGAGCAAGAGCAGCGGUAGUGGGGCGCCUGCGAUUACAACAACGAUGGGUGAUACAUCGAGCAUGAAGAGCAAUAAGAGCAGCAGUAGCAAGCCGUCUGUUUCUGGCCGACAGGAGAACGUGCAGCCUGCUGCUGCCGCUGGCCAGGAGAAUUACUAG